CGUUCCCAUGACAACAGACAAACAUCUCGAAAUUGACGGCAUUAAACUGCGGCCGCAUUUUUAACAUUUACUCUGCCCUUUCAAGUCACCGAAAGCUGGUUAACAGCUAACUACUAAAGCUAUCGCUCAGUUAGACGGAUUUCUUCUCAACAACUCUUCAACAAUCGGGGAUCAUGUCCUCACAGAGACUCAGCUCCUGCUCCACCACCUCCAGGGCCAGGUCUUUUCCCGGCCGGUACCGCACGCUGGCCCCCAGCGCCCGGGUGGAUGAAACCCUGUUCGGGGUCCCAUCACCACUAGACAGACGUGCAGACCCAGACAGCAGGACAAAGAACUGGCCCCAGGAGAAGAAAGAAGGAGAGACUGUUCAGAUCAUCACCAAAGACCUCAUUCGCAACCUCAGGAUCCCACGCCACGACCCUUCAGGAGAGAUCAUGAUUCUCCCAUCAGCAAAGCUUGAGCGAACCCCAAUGUCCCGGGGUCUCGACAAGGUGGAGAGAGAGGCUCUGAAGCAGGAAUAUCAGAGGAAGAAAGAAGAGGAACUUAAAGCUGCAGAGGAAAGAAAGCAUCGGAUUUAUAAGGCGGACCAGUCCCAUAAGGAGAACCAGGCACUGACUGAGCUGGAGCUGGAGGCCCGGGAUCGUGCACAGCGUCUGGUGGAGCGGGCCAAUGCCUUGAGGAUGGAGCAAGAGGAUGAGAUCAAAAAGCUCAACCAGCUGAUUCAGGGUGCUCAGUGUCAAGCCAUACGUGACGCCCAGAUGCAGGAGAAGAAACAGCUGGAGGCGGAGAUGGCAGAGGAGGAGAAGCGUUUGGACAUCAUGAUGGAGGUAGAGCGCCGCAAGGCUUUGGAGACUGUGGACAAGAUUGAUGAGCUCCGCAAACAACAAAGGAUCAGAGGAAUGCAGCAAAUCUAUGACCAAAUCAAGCAGCAUCUGGAAGAGAAGCAAGUGGAAGACGAGAUAAAAGAGCAAGAGGGACAGCAGAUACGAGAGAAGCAGGAGAGAAUGAACGUGGAAGACCUCGAGGCCCUGGAGAAGAAGAAGUUGGAGCAACAGCUUCUGCAGGAGGAGAUCAUGCGCAUAAAUGCUGAGACUAUGAGGGCCAAGGAGCAGAGGAAGGAGGAGGAGAAGCUGGCUACCCUUAGAGCUAUGGAAUACAUCAAAAACAAACAGGAGCGGGAAGCAGAAUAUGAAGCAGAGCAAAAACGAAUCAAAAAGGACAAGGAGUUGGAGAUAGCCAGGCUGAGGGCCCAGCAAGAAAAAGCAAAAGACUACAAGGCAGAGCAGGAUGAGCUCCGUGCUCGGAGGAACCAAGAAAUUGCAGACAGAGAAUGGAGGAGAAAAGAGAAAGAGCUGGCUGCAAAGAAAGCGCAGGAGGAAGAGAUGCUGAGGGAGGCUCGCUUGGAACAAGUUCACAGCAAAGAGCACUGCCUGUCCAUCGAAGCUGCCCGGGAGAAGGCCGAGUUUGAGAGGGUGCUGAAGGCACAGCAGGAGGCGAUAGCCAAACAGAAGGAGCUAGAGGAGAGGCAGCAUCAGAAAGCACAUCGACAUGCACAGGCCAUCCGACAGCAGAUGAGGGAACGCGAGCUUUCAGCCAUAGCAAAGCGCAGCGACAUCUUCAAAGAGGCUGACCGGCUCAUUGAGGAAGCCCGGCAGAGACGCGUGCGCCUUGAUGAGAUUAAAAAGAAGAAGCUUCAGCAGCUUAAGGCUACAGGACUCCCGGAAAAAUACGUCAGUGAAGUGGAAAGAAAGGCCCAGAUUAACAAACUCUGAUUCACACACCAGUCCUAACCUGGUACCACAUUCACCUGGUGGCUCUAAGAACGAACAUGUUUAAUCUGAAUCAGAAACACUUGAUCACCAAGGGAAAAUUGCUUGCUGAUGUAUUUGCUUAGUAAGUUACUGUUAAUUUAAGAUUUUUUAUGUAACUAAGGUGCACAAUCAAAUCAACAGAUUAAACGACUUUUUCCACA